AUGAAAGUUCACAAAUUAUUAUUUGUUAUUUCAAUUGUUUUAUCACUAUCUAUUAAUAAUAGGAAUGAACCAAAUGGUCAACUCAUAAAUCCACUGCAACCACAAGAUCAAUUUGAUGCUUCAGGAAAAAGAAUACUUACAACUAAACGUCAAUUUUCAUUCCCGAUUUUCCAUUGGAAAUUCCCACUUCCUCCACUUCCUUUCCAAACUAUUAAAACUGACAAUUUACCACCAGCUCCAAAUGAAAUCACCGUGGGGGAAAAUACACAACCAAAGUCAGAUCAGAAUCCACAAAAUGUUCCAGCACAACAACAAUCUUAUCAACCAAUAAAUAAUAGAGUAGAAGCUUAUGUUGAAUAUGUUGAUGACAGUAGUCUUCGAGCUUAUCAAGCAGAACACGAACACGAUUUGAAAGGUUUUAAUGAUGUGUUUUGGGAAUUGAUGACUGUUGGAAGAGAUGUUACAUUGGAUAAAGUUUCAAUAUUACGUGAAAUGUUAGUUUUAUUGGAUCAACUCAAGGAUUCUGUUGAUGAUGUAAAUGGUGAAGAUGAUGAUGCUCACCACUCAGGAGACGAUCAUUCAACAGUUGGACAUACAAGUGAACAUGUAAGUGAGGGUUACUAUAGAGAUAGAGAACAUCAAUCUUCAAAUAACCCACCAACUCAACAACAACAACAACAGCCAGUUUUCUAUCCAGCUCCAAUUUAUCCAGGUAUCGCUCCAGCUUCUGGUGGUCAACAGCCUUUGAAUCAAUACCCAGCAGCUGCUGUUGGUCAGUUCCCAGCUCCUAUCGGUUAUCAACCAAUUGUUUUCCAACCAGCUCCUUCUCCAACUACUACCACUACAGCUACUACUACCUCUAUAUCAACCACCACAGCUCCUACAACUAUAACUGGUCAUGGAGUUGCUCCUAUUUUUGGUCCUACAGCUAGUGUUACAACCACUCAUGAACAAAUUGAUGUUUGGAGAUUUGAUAAUAAUUUAGAUACUCAACAAAAUGUUAAGAGAGAUUUGGGUGUUGAUGAAAGUACCAAAGUUUCUAAAAGAGAUAAAUUAUCAAUUGAUGAUAUUAAAAAAUUUGUUAAUUUAGAUGAUUGGAAAAAAUUAUUCGCAAAUGUAGGUAAAGGAACAGGUAAAAACUAUAACCCAUUAAAAGGAAAAGGUAAGAAUUUACGUAACAAGAGUAAAGCAAAAUUAGGAUACAACAAAAAAGUUACAAAUUAUACUUCAUCAGAUUCAGAAGAUGAAGAAGAUCAUGACGAUGAAUGGGAGAAUGAGUAUAAAGAAUGGGAAGAUCAAUUUAGAAAAGAUUGGAAUAUCAAGUAUGGUAAGAAAUAUGAUCGAGACAGAGAAAAAUUGGAAAAGUUAUUGAAACAUCGAUUUGAACAAGAGAAGAAGUUCCGUGAAGGUAGAGAGAUUGAUGAAUCUGAACAGUUUCAUAAUGGCUCGUCAAAGGAUUUAAAUUUUGAUGAAGAAUUUAAAAUCUUACCAAAAGAUGAUGAACAUGGACAUCAUGAUUUAAACCGUAAAGGAAAAGACUUUAAGCAUGGACCCCAGGAUUUAAAUCGUGGAAAGGGAAGAGAAAGUGAACAUGAUAAAACUAAAGGACGUGGUCAUCAAGACUUGAAUCGUCACGAGAAAGAAAAAGGUUUUAAUAAAGACGGGAUCAAAGACCGUGGACUCAAAGAUCACAAAGAUAAGAAAGGAAGGGAAUUUGAUGAAGAGUGGAAAGGUGAACAUGAACUUGAUGAUUCUAAGCAUGGUAAAGGAAAAGAUCAGAAAGACUGGAAAGGUGAGUUUGAUCCUGAUGUAAAUUCUCGUAAAGAUCACGAGACUAAGAAAGGCUGGAAACAUGGACCUGAAGAUGUAGAUUCUGAUAAUGGGAAAGAUUUUAAAAAUGAUUGGUCUCAAGAACAUGGACCCGAUGAUCGAAAAUCUGACAAAGGAAAAGAGUUUAAGAAAAGUUGGAAAGGUGAACAUGGACCUGAAAAUUUAGAAUCUGAAGAAAAUUGGAAUGACGAAGAUGGUCAUAAAGAUAGACACCGUAACAAGGGAAAAGAUCUUGAAAAUGAUUGGAGAGAUGAUCAAGGAUCUAAAGGUUCAAAUGAUCAGGAGCUAAAGAAAGAAUGGAAACCAGAAAAAGAUGAAAAUUAUAUUCGCGGUGGUGAUAAUGGAAGAUACCGUUCUGAACGUGGUAGAGUAAAAACCAAGGAUGGUCAUCGUCUUGAUUAUAACAAAGAAGAGUAUCGUAUGGACAACACUUAUGAAGCAAAUUUAGGUCCUGAUUCUAAAAUUCUUAAGAAAAGAAAAGAAAAUCAAUUCAAUGAAAUGAUUAGGUUACACUCAAAAAGAGGAGCAACUACUGAUGAUUGCAAAGAUGCUGGAGGUGAUGAUGGAAAAGCAAACUCUCUCAAGAAAGAUACCUCCAAUGUGAAGGAGAAAUUGAAAGGUUUGUUGAAAAAAAAUAAGGAUAAACUGCAACAAGUAACCAAAUCUAAAUCAACGAAAAGUACAACCUCGGUCAAGUCAUCAUUUAAAUCAGAAGCUCCAUAUAUUCAUGAACCAGUACCAGAAAGAAUCAAGACUGUUCAAAAAUUUAAAACUGUUGAGAUUCCAGUUACUGCAACUAUUGUUAAAACUAUUGCUUAUGAAACAACUGUACCAAUAAAAUCAGGAGAAAAUGAUAGUUUCGAUUGUGAUGACGAAGAAGAAGAAGAGCCAGAACCGGUUAAAUCUGGAAAUGAUUGUGGAUGUUAUGAAAUUGAUGGUGAGGAUGCGUACUAUAAUGAUAAGAGUUUGACAAACGUUAAUCCCAAACUUAAAGGUAAAGUUUCUUUAAAUGACUAUCAAUUGGAAAACCUGGUUAAGAAUGGCCGUUUUGGUAAAGGUUCAAUCGGAGGUAAAGCUCAAGUAGACAAGAUAGAAUUUUACAAGAGAUCUGAAGAAGCUGAUUUCAAUGGUGGAUAUUCUGGGUAUGUUGAAGAAGAUUUUGGUGAAUACGAUAAAUAUGGUCCUUCUAAUGAAAUUGAUAAGGAUGGGAAAGAUAAAAAUGAAGGAGAAGAAUCUAAGGAUGAAAAGAAAACUAAAAACAGAUCUUUAGCAGCUAGAUUGGGUUUCAAUUGGGGGAAAGAACCAAAAGAAGAUGAUGAUAUAGAAGUUCAAGCUGCCGCAUGGUUGAAUUUAGCUAACAAAUUUGCCAGGAAGGCCACAAUUAAAUCUAGCAAAAAAGCUGUCAAAACUGCGGAGAAACAAAAAGAAACCUCGAAAAUUGUUGAAGAGGAAACCAUUAAAGAAAAAGAAAAAGAUUCUAAAGAGAAAGAUACAAAAUCUGCUAAGGAAGAAGAAAGUGAUGUUGACGGGGAACAAGAUGAAGAAGAUCAAGAUGGUUUAAUUACUAAAAAAUUGAAGACUUCUAAAUCAUCAACUUCAACCAAAUCAUCCACUAAGACCACUUAUGUCGCUACUACUACGUAUACAGCUGGAGCUGGUAAGACCAAACUGGAAGCCGAAGAAGAAUCCGAUGAGUAUGAGGACGAAGAUGAAGAUGAAGAAGAAGAGGAGGAAGAAGAAGAAGAUCCAGACUGUCCAAUCUCAAAGAAAUCUAAGUCUGCUUCGCCAACAAGAUCAGCUUGGAAAACUUCAAAAACUAGUUCUAAAAGUAAAGCAACUUCUAAAGCAAAAGCUACAUCAAAAGCAAAGGCAACAUCCAAAGCAAAAUCAACAUCAAAAACAAAAGCAACCUCAAAAGCUAAAGCCACCCCAGAAGUGAAAGUAACAUUAACAGUACAACCUUCACCAAAGUCUAGUGAAACUACCAAACCAAAAGAGACCGCUAAAGAAUCAGCUAAACCAUCAACGACAGAGGAAAUUAAAUCAACUCAAACAUCUGCUAAACCAACAGGAAAGACCGGAAAGUUCAAUUUUGAUAAAGUUAAAGGAGCUUUUGGAGGUGGUAAAGUUAAAGGAGUACUUGGAGGUGGUAAACUUACAGGUAAAGCAACUGCGAAGCUCAAAAACAAAGCUACUAAUAGACUCAAAAGUGGUUUGAAUGUUGGGAAUUUGAAGAAUAAAUUCAGAAAAAACAAAGGUGCAACUACUAUUCCUAUUGCAACUAUACUUCCAUCUAAAACCACACCUGCUGUUGUUGAAUCUACUGCUUCGACAGAGGCGGCUAAAGAUAAAUCUGCUGCUGUUAGUAAGUCUACUGAAUUAAAAGUAAAGCCUACCCAAAGUAAAGACGAAGGAAAAAUUAUUGAAACUACCACUGUUAAAUGUGAAAAAUGUGAAGCUGAAGCUCCACAACCAGAUAAUAAAUCGUCAAAAGAAAAAGAUGUAGAAAAGACUCGGGAAAAGUCAGAUAAAGGUAGCAAAGGUAAACGUGAUUUGAAGUUUACUUCAUUGGACGGGAGGAAGCUGGUUAUAUUACCAAGAAGAUUUGAACCUGCUGCAAAUUUAGAAUUUAAAGCUCAAAGUGUUGCGAAUGUUGGGCCAGGUGAUAGUGUUGAUGACUUAAUAAUGAAAGUUUUUUUAUCGUUAAAAGAUUCUGCCUUAAUUAAUCAAAUUUUAACUUUUUCCUUGAAUGAUGGAGUUGUUAGAAGGGGAUUAUUUGAUACAGCAAUUAGACUUUUAAAUGAAGGAUCCGUACCAUGGGAGGAAAUUUUUAUAGCCAUUCAAUCCAGUGGUUUACAAUUUGAUGCUAGUAGAUUAACAUUUAGAGAUUCACAUGUCAGUUCGUUUUUAAAUAAAUUUGUUUUGGAUUUACUUCCUGUUUUGGUUGAUGGUGGUUCAUUAUCUCGUUAUGAUGUAUUUGAAGCACUCGGUAAAAGACCUAGACCAGCUUUUGAUCAGAAGAAAUUUUCAUUUGAUAAACCUAAACCACCUACUUAUAAAGUUUUUGAUGAUAAGUUCAAGUCACCUAAGUUCAGUAAAGAUUUUAAACCUCCACCAAUCAUAAGACCUUUACCAUUCCCAGCUAAUGAUAUUUCACGUGGACAUCAAGAAACUAGUCAUGUUAAGACUGAAAAAGGUAGUCACGAGGAACAUCAUUUUGUAAAAUAUAAAAAUGCUACAAUUGAUCAUAGUACUGAACAUCAUGAUAUCAAACACAAGGAUUAUGAGAAAGAUUUCUUUGAAGAAAAACAUAAUGGUUUAGAUCAUGAACAGAAACAUCAUGAGAAUGAUUAUAAGGAUCAUAAAAAGGAACAACAUGAACAAUAUAGAAAAGGUGAAGAAGUUCACGAAUCAGAAAGUCAAGAGAAUAAAAUAGAUCAUCAUAAAGAAGAUUAUCGAAAAGAAGAACAUCGUAAUGGUGAGUCACAAGAGGAACAUCAUGAAAGUCAAGUUCACGAAACAAAAAAGGAAAAACACGAACAGGAUUUUCGAUUAAGUGACAAAAAACUAGAUGAUGUGAAAGUUAAAAGGUAUGAAGUUGCAGAACGUGAAGAAGAAAUUCAUAAAAAAAUUAAAGGAGCUCAUGAAUAUGAAUUAAAAGAGAUUAAUAUCAAUAAUGAUAAACAACACAAACUUGCAGUCCACAAUAAGGAUAUUUUUGAUAUCAAAAAAGAUUUAUUUGAAAAGGAUUAUCAUGAAAAGGACUCUACACAUGAUGAUAAAAAGCAUCAUAAGGAUGAGCAUGAACAUGAUAGAAACUUUAAGGGAGUGGACCAUCAUGAAAUUCAUGUAGAAGGUGGUACUCGUAGAGAAAAAGAAUUGCAUCAAGCUGAUGAUAAUGAUAUUAAAAAUGAAAUUCAUGAGGAUUACAAGCAUAAACUUAAUUAUGAUAAAGAGCAACCAAAAAAAGAACAUGGCAAGAGACAUGAAGUUGAACAUUAUGAAGAAGAUUAUCAUAAGAAUAUAACUGAACAUCAUCGAUAUGAUUUACAUGAGCAUACAGACGAUGAGGAUGGAUUUCAUGAUAAAGAGCAUCAUAAAGAUGAUCAUUGGGGUGAUGAUAAAGAAGGACAUGCAAUUGAUCAUCAUGAAAAAGAUGCUAAAGAUGAUGGAAAUACUGAAAAAGACUUACAUGAAUUAGAUGAAUAUAGGAAACAAAAGGAUCUUCAUAAAGAUUAUUUACAUGAAGUUGAUCAUGAUAAAGGUCAUAAGAAAGAUGAUAAGAAAGAUGAUAAAAAAGAUGACAAAAAAGAUGACAAAAAAGAUAAUAAAAAAGAAGAAGAAAAAGAACAUGAAAAAGAUCCUGAACCUAAACCUAGAAAGAAACCUAGAAAAAAGGGUAAAAAGAAAGGUAAGAAGAAAAAAGUUGAUAAAAGACAUGAAGUGGAAAAAUACGAAGAGGAUUUUAACAAGAAUAUUACUGAACAUCACCAGUUCGAUUUACAUGAAGAAUUUGAUGAUGGAUGGAAUCACCAUGGUAAAGAUCACCACAAAGAUGAUGGUCAUGGAUUUAGUAGAAUUGGUAGGGCUUUUAAUCAUCAUGAUUCGGAUAAUUUAAGUGAUAGAGAAACUUCUAAAGAUUUAUAUGAGUUGGAUGAGUAUAUUAAAGAGAAAGACCAUCAUCAAGACUAUUUUAAAGAGUAUGAUCAUGAUAGAGAUGAAAAAGAUGAAAAGAAAAAGAAAAAGAAAAAGAAAGAGAAGAGACAUGAACUUGAACAUUAUGAAGAAGAUUAUCACAAAAAUUUCACUGAACAUCAUCAAUUUGAUUUACACGAACAUGAAGAUGAUCAUGAUAAAUUACAUGAUAAAGAUCAUCAUAAGGAUAUUUAUUUUGGUGACGAUAAAGAAGGUCAUGCUAUACAACAUCAUGAAGAGGAUGAUAAAGGUGGCGAAUAUACCGAAAAGGACUUACAUGAAGAGGAUGAAUAUAGAAAAGAAAAGAACCACCACAAAGAUUAUUUCCAUGAAAUUGAACACGAUAAAGAGCAUGGUGAUAAACCAAACAAGAAGCCAAGAAUAAAGAAAUUUGAUAGAAGACAUGAAGUUGAAAAAUAUGAAGAAGAUUUUAAUAAAAAUGUAACUGAACAUCAUCAAUUUGAUUUACAUGAAGAAUUUGAUGAUGGAAGAAAUCAUCAUGGAAAAGAUCACCAUAAAGAUGAUGGAUAUGGAUUUAGUAGACAUGGUCGAGCAUUUGAUCAUCAUGAUGCUGAUGAAUACAGUGAUAGUGAAAAUUAUAAUGAUUUGCAUGAGUUGGAUGAAUACAUAAGAGAAAAUGAUCAUCAUAGAGAUUAUUAUAAAGAGUUUGAUCAUGAUAGAAAAGGUAAAAAAGAUAAAGACAAAAAAGAUGAAUUAGAUGAUGACAAGUUCAAAUUUGAUAAGAGAGAUAUUUUCCAACUACAAGUUGAACCAACUGAUGGUAAAGGUGGAUUUUUUAAACAUGAUCAAUUAUUAAAAGAUAAAGAAUUACACGACAAGAAUUCAUUUUUUAAAGAAAAAGCUAAAGAUCAAUACGCAAAAGAUCGAAUUUACGGAGGAGAACGUCAUUUAAAAGAACAUUACUCCAAAGAACAUCAUCAAAAGGAAAAACAUGAAACUGGUCCCGGUACAGAACAUCAUGAAAAAGAACAACAUGAUAAAGAAGAGCAUGAAAAAGAACAUCAUGAAAAAGGACCCGAAGAACAUGAGAAGUUUUUAAAAGAACAUGGUAAACAAGAUGAUAAAAUUGAUUACGACCUCAAAGCCAAGAAUCAUGAAGUUCAUAAUGAUUUCCCAUUACCUUAUACUCCUCAAGCUCAAGUUGUACCACCACCUCCUGGGCCGGCUCCACCACCUGCUGGGGUUGUACCUCCUGUAGCUGUUGUUGUUCCUGGUCCUAUGCCUCCUCAAGUUCCACCUCCACCAAUUAAUGUACCCGGUUGA